AUGGCGGCUUCCAGUCAGGGCGACGACGACGAUGAUGAGCGUCGAGCACUUGAACGAGAACUCGCAGAGGAAUUGGCGUCAUUAUCCGCCCAAGAUGUCGGGUUUGAUGAAUGUGAUAGCGGUGGCGAUGACGAGGGAGAUGAAAAUGCGGGCUGGAUGACUAGAGGCGGCGAAAUCGCGAUGGAAUAUGUGCGUUUGGACCUCGAUAAAGUGUUGCAGCAAGUGACUGAAGCUUCAGCGGACGAGCUGCACGCCCACAGCUGCCAGCCAAUUCUACCAUCUGCAUGGGAACUUUUGCUUCAGGGCGUCGAGCGUGUUGAUCGUGAGUUCUUUCAGCCAAUUCAUGAAAAUCUGGACGAUAUUCGCACAACGAUUCUCGAUGCAAAGUCCCCACAGCAAGCGACCCCAGAAGAAAAUACCCACCACUCUCAAAUAUCCGACGAGGAGGCAGAUUACACAAGUCGUGAUAUUGAAGGUUCAUUGCUGGAACAAACCAUUCCACCAGUACCCGAUGACAGCAACCAGGAAUCUUCAAAGCUGUCCACCGAUGUUGGAGAAAUUCAGGACCGACCCACCGUCCAGGAGAAGAAGGAGCCGAUUGCGUCCAAACCCGUGACGGAUAGCACUGUGGAGCAGAUAACGGAUAGUGUUGAAGCAACACCUACCGAUUCCGAGCCUGUUUCAGUAGAUCACCCGUCAAACUCCUCAAACAAGCAGCGCCCGGUGGAUGAUAGUGCAAGGCAGAAUGAGCUUGACGCAAUCGCAAAGCAGCACGCAGCACGUGAAUCGCGCCGUUUGAAGAUUCAGGCUCGACAGCAGAAGGAACGCGACGAAGCAGCAAGUUUCCUGAGGCAACUCCAAGAGGAGUUCGAGGCCCAAGAGAAGGGUGCCGAGGCAGCACGAAAAGAAUCGCUGGAGCGAUCAUUAAUGACUAACGAAGAACUUCGUAGUCGAUUGUAUGCUUCAGCUAUGCGGGAAUUUCAUGAGACUGCGCUUAUGGUCCUCGCUGACGAAGAAUCACGAACUUUCACCAUGGAAUUAGCGCGGGUACAGCAGUCAAUCUGCCGGGAGGUAGCCAUGAUGACGAUUGAGGAUCAGGCUGAGAGGCAAAGAAUGCAACUCGAACGUCAAUUACAACAGCAGAAGCAAGAUACUUUGGCUCGGUGUCAGUUCGGUGCCGUGUUGUCGGAGCUGGUAAAAUAUCACCAAGUCCAGAGUCAACUUCGGGACCAGCAUUCAAAGCGUGAGCGUCGCGAGUGUGUACAGAUGCGAGCUGAAGAGGCCUUCACGCGCCGAAUAAUUGCUGAGACUCUUGCACAACGCGAGCUACAAGUUCGUGAACAAAACCGAGCGUUAAUGCUACUUGAAGAUGAGCUUGCAAGAGCACUGGAAGACAUUGAGCGGGCUCGAGAGCUGCAAGUUCAGGAGCGGUUGCGCGAACAAGAGUAUCGUAGUUGUAUGGAGAAGGAAGAGAGGCGGUGUCGCUCUGCGUGGACUUUCAUCGAGGCCUUGGAACGCGAGCGAAGGCAGAAUGAAGAGCGCUGUCGAAUAUCAAUGAGGCAAGAGGAAGAGCGCAGUCGAAGUGCGUGGGCAUAUCUGGUUAAACUUGAAGAAGCAGCAGCAAUGGAGAGGGAAAGCCAACGUGAACUCCAACGACUUCACGUUUUGGCGAAUACCUCGGCUGGUAUUCAAGGCAUUGAUCGUGUUUUCCAGCAGCACAAACUAGUUUCAGGUCUUGAAAAGUGGAAGCAGUGGCACGCGCAAUGCGUCGAGGAAGAUCGAGUCCGAUCCAUGGCUGUUGAGAAUGCGGCGACGGUGAUUCAGUUGUGGCAUCGAUCAUGCCGAAGGAGACGAGAGGAACUUGAUCACGUAGAAAUUCCUCUUGUCCUCGAGGAUUUCAGCGACGACGAUGAGCAGCCACAGGUUGAGGACGCAGAGGACGACAACGAAGGACUUGAGCCUGGUGAAUACACCAACUCUGCCGAGAGUCAGGAGGCAGCACUCCGGCUGCAGUCGACAUUCCGUGGGUUUCAUGUGAGACGGAAGUUUGCAAACGCGAUCGCACUCGCCCAGGUCGUGGCGGGGCCUGAAGAGGGCGACACUUUUGACGCUGUAAAUUUGGACGACCUCAUUCAGCUCCCACCCGAGCUCGUUGAUGGCUGGGAGGACCCCGUCCUGCCACCUGCGUUAGCGUUGGAGCAAAGGCAGUAUAUACCGCCUCCAUGUGCUGGUGAUGAAGAGGAUCAAAGGCCAGAGCACGCUGAUAACAACGAAGCGGACGAUAAAGCCGCCACUCGUUUGGAGAGUUCCACGCUGUGGAACAAGAUGAAGCGUGCGAAGCAGCGGCAGCAACACGCCCAACAAGAGCGAAAGCGUCAGCAAGAUCCUUCCUACCGAGUGCAGAAGCUGCUUAACCGCAAGCCCACCGCUUCGAACCAGAACGGUCAUGCAAGUAAUAGCAACCAGAGCAGUCAUACGCAGAAGGUAGCGACCAACACGGUGUCGUGGUCAUCGACAAGCAGCCAGAAGAAGAAGCCGAAAGUGAAGCUGCCGUCGUUGGUAGAGCGGCUACGGAGACAAACGAUGGCUGAGCGAUGA